AUGUUGGCAUCGCAUUGCUUGCCGAUCAGCAGGCAACAGUCCCAGGCUUGUGGAUCCCCCAAGCUCUGUGUGGAUGAUCUACGUGAAAGGGCUGUCGUUAAGAUGGCAGGGAACGCAAUGUCAGUUCCUUGUGACCAGACUCAGUCGACUGCUUUCAAUGUGCUGUUGACAGCUUUCGCUUUCAAGGCUCCUUGGGAUGGGCUGCCGUGUCUCCAGGAUUGGGGAACGCAUGCUACCAACAUUUGGUCCCAGGGAUACGAAGGCUGGCGUGAGAGCAUCGAGAUUCGACCAGUUCAUGCAGAGCUUUUGGGACGACCUAUGGAUUUUGGGACCGUAGAGGCAUCCAAAGGCAGUGGAAAGAUUUCCAUUUUGCUGUUCACAGUGCUCUACAAUUUCCUGGAGAUGAAACGGCACAUGACGGAAGAGGAAUUGGCUGGAUUCACGAAGUGGCUGCGUAGUGCUCGCCAAGUGGCCUGCGCCUACAUUCCCCAGCUGAAGGAGGAGCACUAUGUGUGGCGAAGAUUUCAGGUGUCAAACCAGCAGGCUGAACGUCAGAAAAAGUCUUUGCUUCAGGCUUGUAUGGUGUUUCAUCGUCGAGCAGAGAAGAUUGCCCAGGAGAACAACAUGGAGUAUGUCUUGGCGUGGCACCAAGCAAUUGAUGAGUUCAAUUCGUUUGGCACUGCGCUCACCAACCCGAAGAAUCGUAUAGACACUGCAACAGCAAAGCUCAUGUUUGGCUUCAAGGUUUGGGAUGCUGAGGCAGAUAUCUGCUGCCUUGGUGGAUUUGUUCUGGAUGAAAUGCGUACCCAUCGAACACCAGACAACCUUCUGCGUUUCCCUGGUGAAACUUUGAUCACCGUGAUGAACCAGUUCAUCGAGGGGGACUACCACGAAGAGCUGAAGAGUGCCUUGAUGGUCAUGGACCCGGCAUUCCAAAUUGAAGAGUUGAACAUGUGGAAGGAGAACAUUCCCAAUGCCCAGCCUAUGAGUGAUGGUCAGCUUUGCAAGGCCGAUGACAAGAUAGAUGAGUUGGUCCUUUCCCAGAACAAGUUGUCUUUUGAUGCUGAUGCAUUGGCAUUGGCACGUGAUGCUGCGCAACUGGCUACCCUUUACCGAGAGGAACAGAAAACCGAUCGAAGCGCUCGCCUUGCAAAGGUUCUCCACCUGAAGCAGCAGAACCAGAUUGGCAGCAGCCUCACCAUGGAUUUCAUGCGCAAGAGGUGCCACCAUGUUGCAGGGCCGGUGCAGGAUCUCAACAAUGCUUUGGACAAGUUUGUGGCUUCGCUGGGUCCUGAUGGCUCCCUGAUCGUGUGGCUGGACUUCAUGAAAUGGGGGGUCCUAUCCGCCAAUGACCUGAAUUGUCUUGUCAACCUGGUGAAGAGGGCCUUGGCAACCCUGCCAGAGAGAUCUUGUUGCUUUGCCAUCGGGCCGCAGUCCACGUCUGAACGCAGGGGUGGACUGAGAGAUGAGUUCAGGCGUGUGGAAGACAAAUUCUCAGCGAAGUCUUUGGAGCCCAUGCCGACCUUCCUGCGGUGCGAAUGUCCGCCGAGUACCAAGAAGGUCCCACUUCUUUUCUGGCUGACUGUGUCAUCUGGCUGUGAGGAUGCAAAUGUGUGGGGUCACUGUGCUUUGGUGCAAGACAGGUUUUGUGCCAACAUGGCCGCCGUCCAGGAAGCCUUGGUUCCACAUGAGGAGGCCCCGGAAGCUGCGGCAGGUCCAGCGAAGUGGACUGAGAGUGAACCAAAGAAUUUGGACAGCCUUUUGGAGACUCACAUCAUCGAGAACAAAAUCGGUGGUCGUGUUGCGGGCACCAGUCUGUAUCUAACCUUAGCCAAGAAGAGGGAUGGAACAGAAACCGAUGUGGUCGAGAAUCAAAAGUACAAACUUUACCUGGUGAGCCAUCAAGAUGAUUUGACCCUGUCCGACAAGGAGUUUCAAAUCGCCCAUGGGAAGUCAAGCUUCAUGAAGCCCGAGCGGGUGGUAUCGCCUCGUGACUCUGACCCUGGAAAGAGCCGAAUGCCUGUGAACAAACAGCCAGCACUGCCUUUGAAUACUUUCAAUGCAACUGGUAGGGAUAAGAAGGCUCAGCUUUCCCCAGAGCAAGUUGCUGACUUGAGGUCUGAUAUCUCUCGUGCCAUGGGAGAUGUUGGUAAGGUUCGUCGCAAAAAAGCUGCUCCUGCGGAUGCUGCUGCUGAUGCCCCUGUUUCACAGCCAGUGGAACCAAGUGCUAGCACAAAACCUAGGGCUCCCAGAGGAACCUAUGCACGCAAAGCUGCUCAGGCCGUACUUGACUCUUUAACCACAGCAGCACCAAAGGCAAAGGCAAAGGCAAGCAAGGUGAGCAAGGGCAAAGGGGACUCAAAGCGGGGCAGGCCUGCUGCAAAGUCUAAGGGAACAGCAAGGUCGUCCACGUCCAAGUGCGGAAAGGGUGCUGUUCUUAAGAGGCCAGCAGGAAAGGCAACUGCUGAAACCACCGCCAACAAGGCAGGCACCAAGAAGAAGCUGGAUCGUGUCUCAGAGGACAGUCUGCUGGCUUGGGACAGUGAGGUGGAUGCUGAGGAUCUCUUCGGGUCUGAGAAGGACUCUGAUUCUGAGAUGGCCACUACCCAGGAGUUGCCAGGAAAGGGUGAUGAGGAGGAGCCGGUGGCAUCCCCCAAUUCCAACCAUGAGGGUGUUUCUGGAGAUGAGGGUGGUUCCCGAUCGGAUGAAGAUUCCAAUGAUGAGUCGACUGAGAAGGUUCCCAAGGGAAAGGAUUCCAGCAAGGGAUCCUGUCCAGACAUGCGAUCCCUCUACUGGAGUGUGAUCCACGAAGAGCAGAAGAAGAUCAAAAAGUCAAACCCAGAAAUGCCUGGCCUGGGCGCGAAGUGUUGA